UAGACUGUUUAAUGAAUAAUUGUAGUGUAACAUAACACAGAUUUAACGAAAUAUUUCGAUCUUAAAUUCUAUUGGUAAAUCUAAUUUAUUGCCCUUGAAGCAUUCGUUUUCCUAAAAUUUAAUUGCAGCAUCCUGUUACACUGCCAGUUCCGGUUCCCUGCCUCCUAUGUGCAACGUCGGUUAAUACUCUGAUGAUGACAUGUUAAGAGGCCGAAACGUGUAGUGAUAAUAAAGAGAAAGCGACAAAGGAUAUUAACCAACGUUGCACAUAGACGACUAGGAAGCGAAACACAAGUCAGGACCUAUUUUCUAUUAAUAGGGAUCCAUCUUCAUCAUUAAUAUCUAAGGUCAAUAAAUCUGGUUUAAUUCGCCUUAAUGACAGUGAUACAUAUUUUGCCACUUCCCUGUUUUUUUUUGUUGUUACUUCCUUGAUCACUUAAUAACUAGACUAUAUAGCAUCUAAUGGUAAGAUGACAGAUGAAUCAUGAAUUGCAAAGCAUUUGGAAGGAGGCGAUGAUGCCUAUAUUGGAAUUUACCUGAAGUUCCUCUCUGAUACUACUAUGUAGAUGUGUUAGUGCUUGAUAUACGUAAGUAUAUAUCGUGUACACACGGUCAGCAUGUCGUCUUGUUACUCCCAACGUCAUCAAAAUGCCUUUCUUUCAGUAUUUCCUUUAUUUUCGUCCUCACAGCAGUGCCGUGUGAGCAAGCGCCGUGUCGUGAUGCAAGACACCAAAACUUACCCAGACAUUAACAGACGCCACUCAGAAGGCGACUGUCUUAGAUCAACAACAACACAGCUGUGAUACGCCGAUAUGCCAAGGUCAUCACACCAUACUGAGAUUUCUCUCCACUGUUGCCGUGGCAAGCACAACGGUGGCGAGUUCGCGAGCUUUGUUGUCAUACCUCGUUGUAAUGCCUGAAUUGUAAUUUUAUAUAUUUAAGAACAGUUUGACAUGAGAGUAUAAAUAUAUUUUUAGAUUAUCUAUAUAUGUAUUGAAAAUAUAUGAGCGUGCCAGAAUAAGUAACUACGAGUGUAUCUUAGCAUGUAAUUUAGCUUUAUAAUUCCGUUCGUCAAUUGUCGCUGUUUAGUUUACUGUGUAUACUUUGCACAUCCCAUUUGAACCCCGCCGUCACUACUGAUACAAGAAAUUUGAAAAGCAAAAGCAAGUCUACCAAUGAAAUGGCAAAUAUAAUCUGGGAGUCAAACCAGUUACCCAAAUUUUGUAUUUAUAUUCUUCGGAAAACGGACAUUGCUAGACAUAUUUCUAUACAAAACUUUACUUUGCUGAAUAUUUUCAUGUAGCAUGUGACACCGACACACACAUUUACUGUACAUGGCAUAUAUACUCUGCCUCGUGACGAUAAUUGAGGAGCUAUUUCAAAGAAAUAGCAGCUCUGGUUGUGGGGACCGGUUGCGCUGACCACCUGACACCCUCUACCUACUAAAGUUAUCACUAACUUCGGCGACAAGCGGCAGUCGCUCGGUCGGUAUGCCUUCAAAUUCGAAAGACCAGAUUUCUCACGCGCACAUAAAUUUCCAAAGAGCAAUGAAUUUCGUGACAGACGUUUCAGAGAUAACAGUUGUGAGAGGCCCAUUUUAAUUGCACUUAAUUUUGGAACUAGCUCAUUCAAUGUUUCCAACACCGCCCUAUGACGUACACAUAUUCCAGCACCGAAUAUGAAUGAAUUCAUUCCAGCCGUUCGGCGCAUGCGCGGUGCAUAUCCACAAAAACAUACAGGCACUUCGAAUGGCAGACGCGUUCCAGAAACGCCCCUUUCUUUUAUUCAGGGCUUCCGGAAACAUGUAAAUCCGUCAAUAUUUCGGGAUCGAUCUUCUUUUUUACCAUAUACAGUACUUCCUCAUGUAUGCUACGUACAUGACAAAGUGAAAAAGAAAUUGUCUUAGAACUCAGUAAUUAUGCGCGCUCCUUCAUGUCUGAAACAUUUAUUCACACUUCUGUCUUUUGACGUCAAAAAGUUUCAGAGAUGCGGUUACGUAAGAAGCGAAUAUGAUUCUCCCAGCGAAUGCAAGACACUCCUUUGAAGGGAGAAGAGGAGACAAGUUGUGUGACUCCACUGCCCGCCUACAGAAAUAUCGCAUUCACAGAGAGACGGAGAGCACUAAGGCGUUGCUCCAGAUUUUGCAGAGGGAUGAUCACACCGAAGAAAAAACACAGUGAAACCCCUGAAGGAAGACCAAAAUUAAAUAAUGAUGGAGAAUUUUCUGUAAACAAAGUACAGAUCAUGACUUCGAAUUUCCUACUUCAUAUAUUUGGCAUUCUUCCGCCCAACAAUGCAACGCCGUUCAUAAGAUUUUUGUACAAAAUAUUUCAGACAUUGAUUUUUACAUUAUUAAUAUUUUCGAUGUUAGGGCAGCUGAUGGCAGUAUAUGUCAACUGGGGAGACAUUCCACUAAUUUCCAUCAUAGUAAGUCACAUGAGUGGCAUGAUUCUAGCAAGCAUUUCUUGCGCAUAUUUUCUUCACAGCAAAGAUAAAUUCAUGAGCCUCAUAGAUUUAUUGAGAACUCAGUUUGUUUCCCGAAUGAAAUCUAAGUACAUCGAAUUAAUUCACACCGCCGAACGUCAAGUUAAAGGAUUUCUAAUACUUUCAGUUAUCAUUUCUGCGGAAUGUGCUGCCAUUUGGGUUGCAAAACCAAUAAUUAAAAUUUAUAAUUACGAAAGAAAUAACGCUACCACAGAAGCACACGAUUUUGAACGAUUCAUAUUCGUUAUAUGGGCCCCUUUUGAAAUUUACGAUUCACCUCAGUUUGAAUUAAUCAUGGUGUCGCAGAUGUUUGCUUCAACUUUUUCAGGAUUGAUGCUUUUUGCCGUUGAUAUAUUAUUUCUGUCUCUGAUGAGUCAUGCAGCUGCUCAGUUCAAGGUUUUAUGUGCAAUGCUGAAUGACAUGCAUGAGAAUGUCUCUGAAGUUGAGUUGAACAGAACAAAGCAAAUGUUCCCGUUGCAAGAUAUUGCAGACUUCAAUCUUAUGAAUGACCCCGUGACUUCAGCAGAUGAUAUCACAUGUUACGAAUUGGGGAGUGGAAAUUCUGGAAGCCGCAAUUCUGAGAUGGCGGUUCUAGAAAACUGUCACGUGAACAAAGAUCCGUUCCAGCUGUACCUUGCUGAAUGCAUCAAACAUCACCAAGCUAUAAUCGAGUUCGUCGAUCAUCUCAACAAGAUCGUGAGUUUAGUUACGUUCCUGAAGGUACUCAACUUCCCACUGCUGCUGUGCAUGACAGGAUUCCAGAUGAUGCAGAAUUACGGGGACCAGAACCAGUUCCUCAAGUUCGCAUCUCUGUUCAUUGCAUCCAUAGUUUUAAUAACGACAUAUUGCUGGUUUGGUCAGCAAGUAAUUGACGAGAGUGAGAAGGUGCAGCUGGCGUUCUAUAGCACUGAAUGGUACAGCCAGACAGCGGGAUACAAAAGUCUGCUGCCUCUGGCCAUCAUGAGGGCCUCAAGACCGGUGACCGUGAAGGCUGGAGUUUUCUUUGACAUGUCUUUCCUAACUCUGGCUUCGUUGGUGAAUGCUUCUUAUAGAUUCAUGACAAUGCUUAUUCAACUGAACGACUCCUAAAACGGAGGAGAAGAAGCUGAAGAAUGCUUGAGUAGAAACAACAAGCUGACAGUAGCAUUUCCAGUAUGUCACUAUGGGCAGUAAUACAUUGAAGUAACAGUUAACGUGUUCAUACAGAGAAAUCUGCAGUGCUGUUUCAGAGAGUAUUUUUGCUGUUCGUGUUGCAAGCUUAUAUUGAAAGACACUAGGAUCUACUAUCCACACAAAUCACUUCUGUCAGUUUCAGAACACAAUCCCUGCUGGACAGAGUGUGUAGAAUUAAUUGUACUCCCGCACUCCCGUGUAUGUCUUUGGAUUCUCACAGACUUACAAUUGAAGUAGACUUAUGGCUGUAUUGACAGACAAAUUUGUAAUUGUAAAAUAAAUACAGAAAUUAAGAACAUCUGA